AUGACGUUGUCAGGUAUCCCGUCUAUAGAAAAGGUCAUCAUUCUGCACAGCGUAACGCUACAGACAGUGAAUGAGACCAAUAGCAACCUGCAGAGGCUACAGCAGGCCGGCCUGCUACACUCGUAUCGCUACAGACAAACAUUAAUAAACAAGAACAACUCAAAGACAGAACUACAUACAUUUUUAAAAUGGAACACUUGGCCUACAUAUCAAAGCAUACAGACACAUUAUCUAGGUCAAAUAGGGGAGAGGCGUUGGCCUACAUAUCAAUGUAUACAGACACAUUAUCUAGGUCCAAUAGGGGAGAGACGUUGGCCUACAUAUCAAUGUAUACAGACACAUUAUCUAGGUCCAAUAGGGGAGAGACGUUGGCCUACAUAUCAAUGCAUACAGACACAUUAUCUAGGUCAAAUAGGGGAGAGGCGUUGGCCUACAUAUCAAUGCAUACAGACACAUUAUCUAGGUCCAAUAGAGGAGAGACGUUGGCCUACAUAUCAAUGCAUACAGACACAUUAUCUAGGUCCAAUAGGGGAGAGACGUUGGUCUACAUAUCAAUGCAUACAGACACAUUAUCUAGGUCCAAUAGAGGAGAGACGUUGGCCUACAUAUCAAUGCAUACAGACACAUUAUCUAGGUCCAAUAGGGGAGAGACGUUGGUCUACAUAUCAAUGCAUACAGACACAUUAUCUAGGUCCAAUAGAGGAGAGACGUUGGUCUACAUAUCAAUGCAUACAGACACAUUAUCUAGGUCCAAUAGGGGAGAGACGUUGGCCUACAUAUCAAUGCAUACAGACACAUUAUCUAGGUCCAAUAGAGGAGAGACGUUGGCCUACAUAUCAAUGCAUACAGACACAUUAUCUAGGUCCAAUAGAGGAGAGACGUUGGUCUACAUAUCAAUGCAUACAGACACAUUAUCUAGGUCCAAUAGGGGAGAGACGUUGGUCUACAUAUCAAUGCAUACAGACACAUUAUCUAGGUCCAAUAGAGGAGAGACGUUGGUCUACAUAUCAAUGCAUACAGACACAUUAUCUAGGUCCAAUAGAGUAGAGACGUUGGUCUACAUAUCAAAGCAUA